GAAUCGUCAUUAACAUGCGCUUUAGUCUGUUUAUGCGCAAUUACGUCGUUAAACUGCGACCACGUCACUGACCAAUCAAAAGUCAGUACUGACUCCAGCGUUUAGAUCGUGGAGUGAAGGCUCUGGAUCUGCGCGUAACGAAUUAGCAAAUCACCGCAAAUUAACAACGCUGUCCUUGUGAUCAAUCAUUGCGGUUAGUUGUCGAUUUUUACUAGGACCAAGUUAGUGAAAGGCUUGAUUUGUUGGAGUAACGUGUAGGCUAGUUUGCUAAUGAUAAUGCUAGAGUAGCUCGUUUUGGUGACUGCGUUCGUGAAUGUAGUUCUUGAUUUCUGAGUAACGUUAAUCAAAAUUCAUCAUCGCGUUGUGAUUGUUAAGGAUGAUCAGUUCUUUUCAAAUAACAAUAAUAAAUCGCAGCAAUAACCGAUAAGGUGUACGAUCGAACAAUUCGCAAUGAACUCGAAGCGCAACAACGGUGAAAAUGGGUCUGGCAGAAUCAACCAAGGCUCGGUACCAACAAACAGCGCAUCGGCAAGCGUUUCCCACCGAAAGCAAACUAUAAUAAAUAAGACAGAAAAGGCUGAGUGCAUGCAGAGCGUAACACGGGACAAAAACAUGUCAAUCUCCACACUCAGAACUCGCCUCGGUCCCACCAUCCGAUCCACUCUGUCCUCUGCGGUGGACACCCUGUUGGUGGAGAUUGUGGCCGUGCUUUCGGAAACUCAGCGGGAGCUGUUGACCAAAGAACAGGAAAACGAAAAACUGAAGAUUCGCCUCGAAGUUUCAGAGAGAGAGCUCAAAACGUUACAAGAGUGUCUUUGUAGCGCUCAGAAAUUAAUCGAUCAGCUGCAGGGUCCCUUUAACCCGCCCAUGACGGGGCAUCACGCUUACAACACCGGUGGACCCGUGAACUCUAGCCGGUUGACACACAGGUCUGCGCCCCAGACGGAUCCACGCUGUUUUACUGGAGGUGAAGCGGAGUUGAGUGGCGCUCUGGGUGAUGCCAUACACGGCUUUGAUUCCAGGGAAGAUUUCAAGAGUUGUCACCUCUCCAUUCAGGCAGAUGGGACUGUGACGAACAGUUUUUAUGACCCCAUAUCCGUCCAUUCGUCUAACAUCUGCUCCGACAUGAACCGAACUGGUGAGAUGGUGGAUGACAGCAGACGGCUCUCACACAAUAGAGCCCCAAACCCCCCCUCACUCGCUAGCUUCUCUAUUAAAGAAGAACAGGGUCUUGUGUCUGGGCAGAUGUGCGUGCGGGCAAGAGAGCCACCCACUGAAACUGAGCACUCGGCGCAGAGUUCAUGUGAUCUCGCAUUCGUCCACGUAGCAGAGGAAGGAAGUUCCAGUUCACACCAUCACCCUUCUAAAAAUACAGCACCACCACCUUCGUCCAGGCCUCACAAUGGACCCUCUUCCAGUAGUUCACCUCCACAGGGGACCCCUGGGCUUAGAUCUGCCCCGAGAGAUACCCCCAGUUUGGGUAUGUCAUCCAAGAGAAGUCCAGGGGCAGGUGGCUCAUCUCCGGAGCAGCCGGCUCGACGUUCCAUCUCUGAGCUGAUGGGUGAAGUGCCUGGUGAACGGCCUCACCUGUGUUUGGAGUGUGGAAAGACAUUUCGUCUGAUCUCUAGCUUGAAAAAACAUCUGAGGAUUCACACGGGAGAGAAACCGUACCCGUGCACCGUGUGUGGGCGGCGCUUCCGUGAGUCAGGGGCCCUUAAGACUCACCUCCGCAUCCACACUGGUGAAAAACCGUAUUCCUGCUCUGAGUGUGGGACGCAGUUUCGUCAUCUAGAUGGCCUGCGGAAGCAUCGCCGCACACACACGGGCGAAAAACCGUAUGUGUGCAGUGUUUGUGGAAAACGCCUUAGCCGGCUGCAGCAUCUAAAGCAUCACCAGCGAAUACAUACGGGAGAGCGGCCGUGUUGCUGCCCGCUCUGCCACCGUGGCUUUAAAGAUCCGGCCAGCCUGAGGAAACAUCUUCGUGCUCAUCAAGGGGAGCCUGGAGCUGAUGAAGCGAUGGGCAUGAUCAGUCUUGGAGAGGCGGAUGGAGCUUCCAUAGAUGAUGAGGAUAUGAGGUUUGGGAUGUGGGGAGAAGAGGAAGGGAAUGAGGCGGAGUCUGUCGUGGACUGUGUGUAGUCAUGGCCGCACAUAUUACAGAUUAGCAAACUCUAAUCCAAAAUCAUUUGUGUAAAACAAACAAAUAUUAUGGUUUUGCAUCAAAGGAAAUUCAGCUUUGUUUAGCGGACAGUGUAUUUUCUUUGUGUGGUGUUGUGUACGACAAAGGUUAUGCCUUGUUGUGGACCAAAAAAUAAUCUGCAGAUCAGGCCUUUUCACACUUGAAAUUGUUAACCCCGGGUUAUUCUAAACCCCAGGUAAACAGAAUCCUGGGUUAUCCGUUUCACACUGCUUAUAAUUUACCAGGGGUUAAGAUAUAAUCCUGGGUAUUCAUAACCUGAUGUUUCACGCUGUACAUCACUAAACCCUGGGUUAACAUUCUUAUUUGCAUCUAUGCGGUGUCAACAGUCAUGAUUGGAGAAAUACUGCAGCGUCAAACCUUUUAAAAAACGGAAUACCACGUUGUCCGCUUCAUUUCACACUGCACACGUUUGACACCGCAAUGCAGGGUUAACCCUGCAAAAGCUAUGCUAACCCUGCUUUGGGAACGAACAUUUCACACUUGUAAUUUUGAAGCGUUGUUAUCCCCGCAUUUUACCCAGGGUUAUGAAAUCCCGCUUCAAAAUUACAAGCGUGAAACGUUCGUUUAUCUGGGGUUAAAAGUGGGGUUUAGACUAAAGAUUACCCGGGGUAAGCGCAUUGUGAAAAGCCCUACUUUUCAUAUGCAGAUGGACUUGGAAACCUGUAACAUAACACAGAGUUAACAAUUUGAAAAUAUGGUUAAAUAACUUAAAAGGGAUUGAUGACUCAAGUAUCCACUUAUUUUACGUACACAUUAUCACAUCACAUAGGCCUGGACAAAACAUUUUAGAUCUAGCAAACUUUUAUGUGUUUGUGGGGUUUUUUUUACGGAAUACUGUGAUUUAGUGCGGGGGAUUUUGAUUCUCCAAUGAGACCAACAUGGUAUUGUAUGAUCUGUUUUUCACAAGUGAUAAGUGCUGUCAUUGGUAUAAUAAUAAUAAUUUUAUUUUGACCUAUUGUCUUUUGCAUGUAAGAAAUAGACCUAUGACAGACACACUAAAGCCUUAAAUAUGGUUUUAUUGCACAGACUGACACACGAUGUACAUAAAAAUGAGUAUUUCAGAAACGAUGGUACUGUUAUAUCUGAAUGCAAAUUAGGGUUUUCAGUCUUCUUUCUCGUGUUGUGUUAGCAGGUUAUACAUGUUCUGUUUAACUGUCAAUUAGAGAGUAUUUGGAACAUCAUAAUACAGGGUGUUUAUUUUUUUCAAAACAUCAGAAAUAUGAAUGCUGUGGUCUUCAGUAUUAUGGAUUUAGUCAUGUGUAGACAAUAAUUUGCACAUUCAGUUUAUGUAUUAUGCAGAUUGUUAAAGUUUCUCUAGUUAAAGGUAUAUAACAUGCACGCACAGAAAUCAAGAUUUAGAUAAGUGGUUCCCUCUACUGGAAAACAGAGGGAAAGACUAUUACUGAUAACAAUUUUGAAGUUCUUUGGUUUGUUGUUCUUCAGUAGUGGAGAUUGAAGAAGCUGUUUCUGUAGGGGCUAUGACACAUGUAGUGUGGGUUUUUUUUUGUGAUUACACAAGUUUUGUCCUUAAAGAUACCUUUGUUUUUAUAUCUUGUCAAAUGCCAAUUUGUAUAGAAGUUGUAUAAUCUGUACAUAGAAACAUCAAACAUCUCAUUUUAGGAAGAGCAUUACUGGAAACAGUGAAUCUGUGGCCACUGUCUGAGUCACAAAUAGUCUUAAAAUUGGAAAACAGAAUCUGGAAACAUGUGAAAACGACCCAGAGCAAGUGUCUUUUAUAACUGCACAAUUUAAUCUAUAUACUCUGUUUGUAUAUUACAUUUGUUUGUGUAGCCACAUGUGAUGUUGAAUUUAAAAAUGUUGCUGUUUGCAGGAAAAUUUUAUUGUAGUUAACUUAACAUCCAAAAAAGACACAACAUCAUCAUAUUAGUAAAUGUGUGAGUUACACAGUUGAAAUGGAUAUCUUGUUAAGUUUUGAUUUAUAUUUUAAUAAUAUAACUUUAGUGCUAGUAUUACACCAGUAUUUUGGCUGGUCUGCAACAUCGAGAUGGUAACAUCAGUCAAAUGACAGGAAGUAAUUCUUUGUAAUGGUUAGUUGCAGUAUAAACUUGGAUUAAUGUAAACAUUUACUCUACAGAAUUAAACUUCAUUGCAAAAUAUCUAAACACAGGCUUGUUUUGAUCAAAUGUCAUUCAUUAAAAUCUGCUGCAAAACUGUUUUGUUUUAUAAAUACUUCUCUACUUGAAUGUUAUUGAUGUUGGUUGCUUUGUUUCCAAUCAAUUACUCUUUUGUUAAAGUCACAAAUAUAAUCUCCUUACAGG